AUGGACCUCAGCUCAUUUCUUGAAGUCCAUCCUGAAAUCGACAGCAUCAUCGAGCAUUGCCGGGACGUUUGGGUGUUACUGCUGACAAGCUUUACAGUUAUCAUUCGUAUUUAUUUGACAUCCAAGACGAUCGCAAGUCUGCACAACAUCAUGGAGAAGGAAACACAGCAGACAGAACUUAUUGAGAAGGAGGACGUGUGUGUUCACAGCACACCAAAAACACUGGGAACUGUUAUAAGCUUACCUCCAGAGCUGUGGCUAGAGAUAUUCCACCAUGCGACUUUCCGUCCUCAUUCUAGAGAUAUCACACCAUCAGACCCAUUCCAGCCCCAGCCCCUCCCGCACAAUGCAAUGAGCUUAAACACAGUGGCGGCGUCCAUGCAGACGAAGAGCACCAUUGUACAAGUGUGUCGCUUAUGGAGAGCCAUUGCCACCGAGCUACUCUACGAGCACAUCACCGUCUAUAGCCCUUGGCGAGCCCGCAAAAUCCUUACUGCCAUGGCGCUGAGUCGUUGCUCGGACCCCAUCCCAGACGCGAGUGGCGAGGCUCGCAAAAGUUUCAAUCUACUAUUCGUCCCCGGCUCACACGGACAGUGGGCACGUCGUAUCGAUAUAUGCGCGCAUACUCGAUUUACGACUCGGAGUUACAUUCGUUACAUCAUGGAUAUCUUCCAUAUCCUGCGCCACUGUCCACAAUUACGCGCACUGAGCAUGUCCUUUCGCUUUGGCGUUCCGGAAGAAUUUCAGACCGCCGUCUCACAGUUGUACGGGCAGUCGCUCAUAGGGCUUGCCUGGGAUGGGCUAACUAUACAAAAUCCCUGUAGCAGCCACGCUUUCGUGCAAUCUUUUCAAGCACUGCGUGUGCUUGACAUUCGCUCUAUCUCGACGCUUAUGCUGGAUGAUAAUCACAUUACUCACGUGUUACCUUGCGUACGUGAGCUCCUCGUGUCGAGCGAAAUAUCAAGCCUCGAGUUCGCUGGAGCUCUUGAGCUCCCUGCGCUCCGUCGUGUGGUGUUCACGCGGAGGGAGAAACUCCGCGAGGACUCGUACAUUCAUGCGCUAGAAUCAUUCUUACGCUUGCAUGGGUCUCGUAUCGUUGAUCUCGAGGUCGACUUGCCGCCAUGCCAUUACAAUCUCCCUAUUUUUCGUGUAUCUCAUUUCCUCAGGCCAGAGGGAUGUCCUAACCUUGAACAGCUUGUAUUUCAUUCCAUCGAGCCUGCAGUGGUAGACAUUCCAACACCACAUCAGGCGCUCCGCCGCAUUGGCCUGCGAGGCGUCAAGAUUGAGCGGCUUUAUGAUAGUGCAGAUUCGAAUUUGUAUGGCGUAAAAGCACACAUGAAGUCAUUCAACCAUACUCUUUUCCCCCGCCUCGAAAUCGUCCGCACCGUUGGAUUCCUAGUUGCUAGCUCUGUGGACGAGCUUGCAAUUGACGUGUUUAUUGCAUGGACAGAGUAUUUUGAAAAAGAAGGGAUUGACCUUCAAGAUGGCGAAGGAGUGGUGUGGCUAUAUGCAGAACCAGACCCCUAUAGUAAGGGUCCUCGCUAUAUGCGUGAAUAGCAUCACAAUGAUUGUCUUUCAAAUCUCAGGUGCACGGUUGAAUGCUUUUCAUAUUGUUGGUGAUGAAUAUAAUAUACAAUGUCUAUGACACGAUUUAACUCGAAUGCGGUGAUAGUU